AUGUCUGGAAUUAGCAAGGCUUGCUGCUCUAUCCCCCCUGUGAUUUCCAAGGGAUACCAGCCCAAGGGCGCUUAUCAGACCAUCAAUGGCAUCAAGACAUACGUGACCGGUCCUGAGACUGCUACCAAGGCUAUCCUGGUGGUGUACGACAUCUUCGGCUUCUUCGACCAGACCAUCCAGGGCGCCGACAUCUUGGCUACUUCUGCCGAGCAGAAGUACCGUGUCUUCAUCCCCGACUUCUUUGAGGGUAGCCCUGCCGAUAUCUCCUGGUACCCUCCUACCACCGACGAGCACAAGAAGCUCCUCGGCGAGUUCUUCUCCACCAAGGCCGCUCCUCCCGCCAACCUCCCUAAGAUCCCCAAGAUCGUCGAGGAGGCUAACAAGCUUGCCCCCGCUGGCAAGUUCGACUGGGCCAUGCUUGGUCUCUGCUGGGGUGGAAAGAUUACCGCUCUGACUGUCGCUGGCGACAACCAGAUCUUCAAGGCUGCUGCUCAGGUUCACCCUGCUAUGGUUGACCCCAACGACGCCAAGACCAUCAAGGUCCCCUUCGCGGUCCUCGCCUCAAAGGAUGAGCCCGCUGCCGAUGUCGAGGCCUUCAAGGCGAACCUUCAGGUCCCCAACCACGUUGAGACUUUCUCUGACCAGAUCCACGGAUGGAUGGGUGCUCGUUCCAACUUGGAGGAUGAUCGGGUGAAGGCGGAGUACGAGCGUGGUUACAAGACUGUGCUCCAAUUCUUCGGUCAGCACGCGUAA